CUGAAUGCAGCACGGCACGGACCAAUCGGUUAAGGGGGCGGAAUUUAUACAGCUUGACGUUUGGUGAGAAUAUCCAAUCACACAAUUCCGGUUUAGUAUUUCAACCAAUCACGAACGUUCUGGCUCUUCCUUAAACUUGACUGUGAGAGCCACGGCAAAGAAAAGGGAAAAAAAACAAAAAACAAACAUGCAAGCGUUUGGUCAGUUAUUUGUUUCGGAUCCAUUUUUAUUUAAACAUAUCAAAUGAUGGUCGCCGGAGAAUGACCCACGGCGAUAACGAAUUACUGCAGAAUAGAGAGAGAAACCAGUUAGUAGCGUUCUUGAAGGUGAAGACGCAAAGAUGGAGCAGACUAACGAGAGCAUCGUGGGCCUGUGGCAACAUGAUUAAAUGAUGGUCCUGGUCCCGGUCCCGGUCCCGGUCAAGGUCAAGCUGUGCACAUCAUUCUGACUUCUGGAUGUUCCCGGUGAAGCAAGUCACAUGAGUGCUGUGUGAAGAAGGACAUGAUACCAGACCCCGCGUCUGCAGCCGCAUCCGGACCCUCUAAGCUUAAUAAAAGCUCAAGCCAGGCCGAGACAAACUCCUCAGGAGCUGUCAACAAUUCCGAGGAUGAGUCCGGCAACGAGAACCGACGCAGGAGGGGGCGGCGUAGGAAAAGAACUCACAAGGAAGUGGAGAAUGUCACGAGCGAAAGGGCCGAAAGUGGGCGCGGCAGCGUCGGAAAGGACAACGUCUGCCGCCGUAAACGCGCGCACGCGGAAGCCGUCACUUUGUUCGAUGUCAUCUCCAUGGGUCCGAGCGCCAUGCGGGCGGUGAUCGACGGCUGGAAGGAGGCGUACGCCGAGGACAGAGACGCGGCCCUCCUCGACCUCGUCGGCUUCUUCGUCCGGUGUUGCGGCUGCAAAGGUGUGGUCACAGCUGAAAUGUGUCACGCCAAAGGCGACCGCAAGGCCACGGACAAGAUGGUGGACGAGUUGGCGGAGGACUCGGAUGAGGUUGCCGGGCUGCAGUCCAAGAAGUUUCUGGCUUUUCCGUGGAUUCUCACAGUCACUUGGCCCACGCAUGCAGACAGCAGCGAGUACCCGCUGAUCCAGCCGGCGCCGCGCGGCCGACGCUUCCACUCGGAGCUGUGCGACUUUGUGCGCAUGUUGGUGUGCCGGUGUCGGCGCAGCCUCCUCUUCGACAGCUACUUGAUGACCGCGCUCGUCUCCCUGCUCUCCCACCUCUCCGACUCUCGCGUCCGCGCUUUCCGACACACCUGCACGCUAGCAGCGGUAAAACUGCUGAGCUCGCUGACUGACGUGGCUGUCAGUCUGAGCACGAGUGUUGAAAAAAGUCCAAAGCUGCAGCAGGCGCAGAGGCCAAGCCGACAUAAGACUCAGGCAGAGCGAGCGCUACAGAAAGCGGAGGAGGUGCGGGAGAAAAGAGGCGAGCUGGAGCGCACGAUGGACGUCAUUUUCAAGGCCGUCUUCCUCAAGCGCUAUCGUGACGUGCAUCCGGAAAUCCGUUCCCUCUGCGUGGAGGAGUUGGCCUUGUGGAUGCGGCGCUACAGCUCUGUGUUCCUCACUGACACUUACCUCAAAUACAUGGACUGGAUGUCAUACGACAAGAUUCCAGAUGUGCGUCUCAAGUGUGUUUUCGGCCUGCGGAGUUUAUACGGCGAUCCCGUUCUUCUGCCCGAACUGGACCUCUUCACCAGCCGCUUCAAGGAUCGUCUGAUCUCCAUGACGCUGGACAAAGACAACGAAGUUGCUUUCCAGACCAUGAAAUUGCUGCUGCUCAUCUCCAAAACGUGCGAAGAUGUGCUCAGUGCGGAUGACUACGAGCUUCUCCUGCGGCUGGUUUAUUGUUCGCAGCGCCCCCUUGCAGCCACAGCUGGUGAGCUGCUGUUCUUCAGGCUUCUCGGUGCCGAUGAGGCGGCCGCUAACAAUCGGGAUGAAAAGAGUCAAGAGGAGGAGGCUCAUAAACGACAAAGUUUUGCAAGACUCAAGGCCCUGCUGGAAUUCUACCAGAACUCUAAGCUGCACGCGCACGUGGUCUACCUCGUGGACAGCCUGUGGGACUGCAGCGGAGGCCUGCUGAAGGACUGGCCCACUAUCACCUCUUUACUGCUGCAAGACCCUCACAGUCCCUCGCCGGGCCUCACUCGGGAGGAAGAAGCGCUGCUAGCGGAGGUCGCGCUCGCCUCCGUGCGUCAGGCGUCCGAGGGGCCGACGCUGGCCGGGAGGAGCGGCGCGAAGAAGGUGAUGAGUUCCAGAGAGAAGAAAGUUCAGCUUGAUGACUGCACAACGCUCACGCAGCAUUUCCUCACCGUGCUUCCGCACUUGCUGGCCAAGUUUUCAGCUCGCUGGGACAUUGUUGCCUCCUUGAUGAGGAUUCCUCAGUACUUCCUGCCAGAGAGCCCCGCGGCCCUAAACACACAGUCGGUCUCCAGACUGUUAGCGGACAUCGGACUGGUCCUGGAGGCCCACGCGGACGGCGGCGUCCCGGAGGCGGCGUCCCGCUCCUUCCUCCGUCUUUGCGCAGAGGAGAGCACCUGGGGCCCCACGGCGCGGCCCGCCAGGGAUUCCAUGGUCCGGGGCUGGGUGGAGCACCUGCAGGUCCUGCUGACCGACUCCCUCGAGACGCUUGGUCGGCGGGAGUCGCUGCCGUGCGAACGAUCAAGCUCUCAUCUGCAGGGUUCCAUCUUCUCUGCUGACGAGGAGCAAACUGGAGACAUUUUAGUCACACUGAAGAAACUCUGCGCUUUCCACAACUGUCACGAUCUGUCCCGCUGGAAUCUCUUCGACCUGCUCUCCCCUCUCCUGCCGGUAGACGGCGGCCAAGAGGGGGCGCCACCUCAGGUGUUGAAGGAAGUGUUACAAUGUCUGUGUUACUGUGUUUUCUGGUCUCUGAGCACAAGCGGUGAAAUUCUGACCUCCAGGGGAGAGGCCGAGUGCCAGAGGCGUCAGUUGCGUGUGCUCAGCGAGGCAAGUCAUCGUUGUCUCUCCCACGCCGACCACAGCGUCAGGCAGCAGGCAUUCCUGGGAGUGUGCGACGUCCUGAGCGCUCACUCCUACCAGCGACGAGUGUGGCAUCCCACCUCCCGGAGCCCCCUGCCCUACACGCCCACGCCCAAACUGCAGAUGGCGCUGUUGAACUUUGUGUGCAAGAACGUCUUCGUCGACCCGGACCGCGACCGCCAAAGCGAAGCCGGCCGACACGCCGAGAAGGAGGAGGAGGACGAGGAGAUGCUGGAGGAUCUCGACGGACGGAGACGCAUGCUCGCCGCCUACUGCAAGCUGGUCCUUCGCGGCGUGCUGGACAUGAGCAUGGCGGCGGACAUCUUUACCUUCUACGUGAAGGAUCAUCGCGACUUCGACGACAUCAUCAAGGAGACCGUGCACAGGAGCCGACUCGUCGACAAGCUCGAGAGCACUCGUGCGCUGGUGCUCUCUUUACAGCAGCUGUUUGCGCGUCUCGAGCGCGAGCGGGACGCCGGAGGACCGCCUCCCGUCCGUCGGGGCGUCCGGACCUUGGGCGGCCUCAAGGAGCUGGCCAAACGCUUGGCCCUCACCUUCGGGGACCUCGUCAAGCUUCGCGAGUGCGUCGUCCUCAUCCACAGGAGCGGCAUCGAAUUCGUCUUCCUGGACUUCGGAAGAUCCGCCCCGGCGUUCCUGCCCUACUUGAGCGUCCUGGCCGAGUUCUCCAGCAAACUGCUCAAACCGGACAAGAGGACCGUGCUAGCCUACCUGCAGAAGCACACCUCGGAGCGCGCGGCGGACCUGAGGGAGGAGCGCUGGCAGCCGCUGCUCUACUACCGCGGCUCCCUAUUGGCCGAGGGGGACGCCGCCGCCGCCGGCUCCCACGGCGGCUCGGACAGGAAGCGGAGCGGACGCUCAAACCCGGCCAAGAACAAACGAGAAGGCACCAAGUCGUACGGACCGCUGAGCCUCGCCGAGACCCAAGUCGGAAGAGUUCACUGUUUGAGUCCCAGCUUCUAUCUGGUGAUACUCGGCAGCACGAGCACUCGUCGUGAGCGGGAAGCCCUCGUGAAAAGAAGACGCCCGACUCAACCGACAGUUGACGCCCGCUCGCCGUGUGACGAUGAAGAUGCUGUGGAAGUUGAAAUCUGAGGUUUUGGUGUUCACAUUUGAACUCUGAAAGAACACGUUUCCUUUUUUCUCCCUAUUUUGAUAGCAUAGUAUGUGUUUCUAGUUGAUAUUUUUACAAAUACUGUACGUCAUAUUUAAUAUAAAGCGAUAGUAUCUAGACAGUAUCUCUCUUCAAACUCUCCAGUAAACAGCAUGUGUGCAAUUUAUUUUUUUCUAUUACAAUUUGUAAUGUACAAAGGUGUAUUAGUGCCACACUGCAAAAAUAUCAGAAAAAAAGUGAGUUUUGUGGUUAGAAAAAAAAAAAGCUUAUUUCUUGUAAAAUGGUAUGUUUUUUUUUCAUAAAAAUACAUUUUUUUCCCCCCUCAUAAUAUUCUAGCAUUGUUCUUGUUAAUUAGAUUUAAAAAAAAAAUCAUUAAAGUUAAUAUUUAAAAAAAGAUUCCCUACAUUUUUGCAUGUAUUCCAAUGCUGCAAUUUUUUGCUUGGAAAGAUUCUCUUCAUGAAAUAGCAAUUUGUUUUUUAAAAUUCAUUCUUGAAAUUCUGACUUUUCUGUAAAAAGAUAUUUCCCUGAAAAUUAGAUUCUCAUAAUACUGUGAAUCUGUUAUUUUAACUUCCUGCAUUUCUGAUUUUAUUACUUUUUUGUUUUUUUAAUUAGCACUUUCCUCAUCAAAUUCCAUUUUUUUGCUCUUCCUCUUGUUUAAAUGUCUUAUUUUUUCCCUUGAGAUGCACAUUACAACUUUUACUGCGAAGCUUUAAACAGGCUUUUCCUAAAAAUUUUUCCUUGUAAAAUUUCAAUUCUACUUUUGCGACAUUACUUCCAAAUUCUAAUGAAAUUCUUAUCUAAUCUAUUUUGAUUUCUGACUUGAUCUCUUAAUCACAACUUUUACCCAGUGAGGGCCUAGUUCCCUUUGUACAAAGUGAGCUAAACCAAAGAAAUAGUUGAGUGGCGUACCACAGGGCUCCCAAUACUGGACACUACCAUUACAAAUGUGCAUUAUUGAUCCCAUUUGUACCCAAAUAAAACACUUUCAUGCUGGGGAGCACUUUGUUUUCCUCCCCUGAAACUUGUAAUUCUGCACACACACUUUACCCCUCUUCUUCUUCCCACCUGUGAAUUGCAUUAUCCCUCCUAACACUUUCUUGUUGCUUACAUGUUACUGUUUUAUUAAAUAAGUAUGCUUGUCGUUAAUGACAGAGGCUUGAUUAACUUUAUUACAUAAAAAACAAU